GAAGGCUAUGAAGAAAUGGGACCUAUUAGGAGACAAGGGCAUUUAAGAGGUCACAUGGUGUUGUCUUAGGGGAUUUUCUCAAACCUGUUAUAAGUACAUAAUUCAAAAUCUACCUUAUGAAGAGGGAAGCCAACACAAGUUAGAUCAUGUUGUCUAUGGUUUGCGGAUUCCAAAGGAUAUGUUUCUAACAAUCUGGUGUACUUGAAAAAUCAGGUUCAUAUUGGUUUGUGAGGAUGUGCCUAAGUUUGGUUCAGAGUUGUGGCCAUGGUUUACAGCUUUCAUUGUCAAUAGCGAUGUCUAUCUGAAGAAACAUGAGAUAUGUCUAUAGAUUGUCUGAUUCAGUAUGUUUAGUAUAACUAUGCUUGAACAAGCAUUAAUGUAGAUGUCUUUGAUUUGACAUGCAUAAUCUCUUGGCAAUUAUGUCCGAAGGUGGGGUAUGAUGUAUGAACUCUCACUUAACUUUCAAGUCCCUGAAAGAGACCUCCAAGACAAUACCAUGUGAUCUCUUGUGAUCAUUUCACUUUGUAGACCCCAUUUUACAGCUUCAUCUGAAUUAUUUCUUCAGGAUGGCAACUAUAUAUACACUUCUUCUUGUGUUCUUAAACAACAUAAAUCAAUUGCAUCUCCUCAAGUAUCAGUACUCACAUAUUUCUCUCAAUCAAAUCCUCCAAGAACAAUCGAUUUCUUUUUCUUUUGAACAACAAGAAGAAACAAUGGCAUUCCGCAUUCUAGGUAUUAGAAAGGCAUCACUUUCUGCAUCAAAAGGGACUAAUGUUCCAAAAGGCUAUCUUGCAGUCUAUGUGGGAGAUAAGAUGAGGCGGUUUGUGAUUCCUGUAUGUUACUUGAACCAGCCUUCAUUUCAAGGAUUACUAAAUCAAGCAGAAGAAGAAUUCGGAUAUGAUCAUCCAACUGGUGGUCUCACAAUUCCAUGCUGUGAGGAUGAGUUCUUAAAUCUCACUUCUCAGUUGGGUGUCCAAUAAACAACUAACAGAGAUUGACAUAGAUUAGUUGAGACAAUUGUACAGAAGGCUCUUUUCACUUUGAAGAUUUUCCAUUUUGGUUUCUUGUAUAAUUCCUUUGAAAGUGUAAAAAUGUUAUAUGAAUGAGAAAGUUAUUGCAUCUCAUUGUUAAAACUA